AUGCUCUGGACAUCGCUGCUGCCACGGCCACCGUGGGGCCGGCCCAGUCUGAAGGCGGUGGUCACCGCUGGAGUGUUUGUAACCACCCUCUGGAACCUGAGGUGCUUCCUGAACCCCUCUGAGAUCUCCAGAGAAGUGCCCAAGCACACUAAGCCGCUGGUGGUCCUGGUGUGGAAAUGGCCCUCGAAGCAGGUUCCCAACAUCAGCGGGGACAUUUGCCGUGAGCUGUAUGGCAUCGCGGGCUGCUGGCUUACCACGGAGCGGCGGCUCCUGGGCCAGGCGAACGUGGUGGUGUUCCCCCACGCCAGGCUCCAGCCGGGCCGGGACAGGCUGCCCAAGGAGAGGCCACCGGGGCAGAACUGGGUGUGGGUCUCCCUGGAGUCCCCCUCCAACACUAAAGCUCUAGCGGAAUGGAACCAGACCUUCAACUGGGUGAUGACCUACAGACGGGACUCGGACAUCUUCAUCCCCUAUGGCAAGCUUGUGCCCAACCAGUCGGCCACCGUGAACAUCCCCACAAAGACCAACUUGGUGUCCUGGGUUAUCAGCAACUACCGCAGGACUCAGAAGAGAGCCGAAAUCUACAAAAACCUCUCCAGGUACCUCCACGUGAACAUAUACGGGAAAGCAAACAAAAAGCCACUUUGCAAGGACUGCCUCUUGCCAACAACAUCCAAGUCCAAGUUCUACCUGGCCUUCGAGAACUCCAUCCACCAGGACUACAUCACCGAGAAGCUCUGGAGGAACUCGCUGAUGGCAGGCACCGUGCCCGUGGUGCUGGGGCCUCCCCGGGCCAACUAUGAGCAGUUCAUUCCUACAGACUCCUUCAUUCACGUCGAUGACUUUGGUUCCCUGGCGGAGCUGGCCACCUUCCUGAAGACCAUGAACUCCAGCCGCUACCGGCAGUUCUUUGCCUGGCAGAAGAAGUACAGCGUGAAGCUCUAUACCGACUGGAGGGAGCGGAUCUGCACCAUCUGCACUGCCUACCCCAGCCUGCCCCGCGGCCGUGUCUAUCCUGACCUGGCGAGCUGGUUCAACACCUAG